UUCAGAGACUCUUGUGGCAACCAGAUAAUAUUUUUAUUAGGUUUUUGAUAUUUACUAUAAGGAUAAAAAUAGCACUCAGCUAUGAUUUACUCAUCGGUAGGAUUAUUAGUAGUAUUUUCACUUCAGUGCUCAGGAUUUGGCUCCAAAAAUGACACAGGGCCCUCCCUGAGGACUUUCUCUGGUCACUAUGUCGUGGUGACUGAUGAGCCAAUUGACUACCUUGAGCUGUCUGUGGUGGACAGCAUGAGGGAGAACUGGGACGGCUCAGGGAUGGAGCAGGAGCCAGUGAAGCAGCACAGGCACCAUGGCCCACACCGGCCUACCAAGAAGCACUAUUAUGUCUCAGAUGAGGCCAAAGGCUUCCUCCAGGGUCGCCUGGCAACCGCUUUCGUCCCGACCAUUUACACCUUUGUCUUCAUCAUCAGCGUGCCCCUCAACCUUGCGGCCUUGGUGAUGUUUGUGCGUCGGAUCCGUCCCAGGAAACCAGCGGUGAUCUACAUGUUGAACCUGGCCUGUGCUGACCUCGUGUUUGGCUUGCUCCUUCCCUUCAAGAUUGCCUACCAUUUCCAUGGCAACAACUGGAUCUAUGGGGCGUUCAUGUGCAGAGUUGUCACAGCUGCCUUCUACUGCAACAUGUAUUGCUCUGUCCUGCUCAUGAUGUGUAUCAGUAUAGACCGGUUCCUGGCCGUGGUUUACCCCAUAGACUCUCUGACAUGGCGCAGCCCUCACACUGCCUCUGCUGUGUGUGCUGCCAUGUGGCUGCUCGCCCUCGGCGGGGUGACGCCACUGCUGAUCUCAGGGCAGACCAUCCAUCUGCCGGACCUGGGUAUCACCACCUGCCAUGAUGUGCAGGAUGUGGACAAACUACGGGCUUACUACCUUUACUUCUUCCCCAUCUACUCUGCUGUUUUCUUUUUCAUCCCUCUGAUCUUCACUGCUGUGUGUUACGUGCGCAUCGUCCAGGCCCUGGCUGCAGCCAAUGUGGAGAACCGCUCCAAGAAGACCCGGGCAGUGGUGAUGGCUGUGGCUGUGCUGGUGGUGUUUGUGGCCUGCUUCAUGCCCACUAACGUCAUCCUCAUGGUUCAUUAUGUUCAGGUGGCCCACAAGGGCAGUGACAACUCCUACCAGGCCUACCUGCUGUCCAUGUGUGUAGGCAGCCUGAGCUGCUGUCUGGAUCCUGUCAUCUAUUACUUUGGCUCCUCUCAGUGCCAGAAGCAGGUGGCAGCAUUGUUAGGAUGCAGGUUGCUGCCAGGGCCGGAGAGCAGCUCAGAAACAGGAAGCACAAGAACCAGCGGGCGGACGGAUAGCACCAAGUCAAGCAAGAUGGAGAGCCUUCAAACAGCCCUCGGGAGUCAUUACAGGAGGCUGGUGGCUUAAGCACAUGGGCAGAGGGACCAGCAGAGAGUGGGACUUAGUGUUGAGCUUGGAGCUUCAUCAAACUGGCGCAUCUACAUUUAUCAGCCAUCCCAGUCAAAAUGGAUUUGGAUCAUGCUGGACAAAAUGGCUUUGGUUGACUCAAAAGAAAUUUGAAAAACAACAACAACAACAAAACCUAUUCCAGAUAUGUAGUUGGUUUGGAAAAAUGUUGGUUUUUGUGGAAUUCUUUGCACUUAUGCAUCAACUUUUAUUUUUAUCAUUGUUUACAUAAACAAAAGUUUGCUUUUAGUUAUUCUGUAAUCAUACAUUUUAGCCAUCAUAUAACCAUCUGCAUCAGUACAGACUAAUUUCACUGUGGCCUUUGUGAAAUUGAUCUGCCAUUCUUUCCCAUUGUUUGUUUCGAAUGAAUUAUGAGAGUUAAGCAGUUAGUGUACAAUACUAAGGUUUAUUCAUGAGAAAAAUUACAUCUAAUGUAUUAAACAUUUUGGUCUUGU